AUGAAGAGCUGCGUCGCCGCGUCUCGACCGGCGCACGGCUUCCGGGGGACGAGGGUUUGGACCCGCCGCCCGCGCUCGGGUGAACCGGUGAGGCGCGCGCGCGCCUUACCUCCCCCUCGGUCCCAGGUAUCGUGGUCGAAUCCCUCCGGCUCCGUGCUGACUCCUCUGCGGGAGAAGGUGUGGGCCGCCGAGCGUCCGUUCGUGUGGCAGGGCAUCGACGUCGGCGGCAAGAUGGGAGUCGUCAAGAUGCGCGACGGUUCCCUGUGGGUUCACUCGCCCGUCGACCUCGACGACGACCUUCGAGCGGCGCUGACGGAGAUUGGAGACGUGAAACACAUUGUUAGCCCAAACUUCGAGCACGUCAAGUACGCCGCCCAGUGGAAGGCUGCUUUUCCGGACGCCGUCCUGUGGGGAUGUCCGGGGAUGAUCGAUAAGAAGCCGCUGAUCCCGUUCGAUCGAGAGGUUGGCGUCGACGACGCGUGCCCGGAGGAGUGGAACGGCGAGUUCGAGCUCGCGUUCUUCGACUGCGAGGUCAAUCCUUUCGUCGGCGAUCCGUUCUUCAACGAGGUGGUCUUUCACCACAAACCGAGCGGGGUGGUGCUGGUGACGGACCUGUUCUGGAACUACGGCGGGGGCGGCGAGGCGUUACCCGCGGCGACGAGGGCGUGGAAGUUCGGGAUGGAUAAGGUGUAUCUCCCGUUUUAUCGCGCGUUCAUGGUGCGGGAUCGGGCGAGGUUCGAAGAGCGAGCGCGACGGGUCAUCGCGUGGGAGUUUGAUUCCCUCCUGCCGUGCCACGGCACGUUCGUGGACGGGCGCGGGAAACGCGCGUUGAGGGAACACCUCUCGGGCGAGAACGGGUGA